CCGUACAUGUUUGACCUUCCCUCUGGUCCGAGUCACGUUUGACACGAUUUAUCGUGGCUGAAUGGUGAAGUUCAUGCCGACAGGAGUAUAAACCGCAAAUACUUCUUUUUCGAAUGGUGUCGCCAUACAGGGUAUUACCGGAGUAAACAGGGCACAAUGGUGAAAUAUUUCUGCUGCCCAGGUUUGCUCAAAAGCACCUGGGACCAAGUUUGUGUUGCUUUUUGGCAACGAUAUCCCAACCCAUACAGUAACCAUGUUUUGACGGAGGACAUCAUUUUCCGAGAGGUUACGCCAACCAACUGCCUCAUUUCCAGACGUCUGUUAACCAAAACUAGCCGAGCGCCUCGGUGGAUGGAGCGGUACCUUCCAAAGCACAUGGCGAGCUCAGCAUACAUCAUUGAGGACUCCAUUGUGGACCCUCAGAAAAGGACCAUAACCACACUAACAUGGAACAUAAGCCACGCUCGCCUCAUGUCGGUGGAGGAGCGGUGCGAGUACCGAGUGAAUCCUGAGAACAGCAGCUGGACUGAGAUAAAAAGAGAAGCUUGGAUCUCUUCCACUGUCUAUGGGCUGUCUAGAGCUAUUCAGGAAUUUGGUCUUGCGAGGUUCAAGAAUAGUGUUACAAAGACCAUGAAGGGCUUUGAACAUGUGCUGGCCAAAUUGCAAGGUGAAACUCCAUCAAGAACCUUAGCAGAAACGGCGACAGAGCGGGCGAGAGAGACCGCACUGGCCGCUAAGGAGAAAGCCAAAGACCUGGCCACACACGCCCAGAAGAAACAAUACGUGUGAUGAACUCUAUGAGUCGCAGGUUCUGCAGCCACUGAUACUGGGACAGAUGUAUCUUUACCGUCUCUCAUUAUUCAGUCAGAUCGAGGAGAGACAAGCUGAUCCCAGCCGCGAGUAGGCAGCUUUGUGAAGGAGCAUCUAACUUAAAUGGUGGGUGGACCAUAAAAAGCCUGAGCCAAGAGCCUGUUCCAGCCUCCCUGUGCACAUCACGCUGAAUUUACUAUACCUCUGAUACCAACUCAUCUCAGUGUUUACCAGAGAUAGAGAUCUUAUACAAGAACAGUUGAACUGGGUGCCAUAAAAUGAACAUGCUCUGCUAGCCUUGAUAGUGUUCCUCAGAUUUUUACUCAGUGUUUGUUUUACUCUUUUCCUUUGAGUACGUCAUGUUAUGCUGUAAUCACUUCAUAUUAUGAACAGCUUCUUUCAGAAGCUUUGGUUAGUAUCCGAUGGAAUAUACGAUUAAUGCAAAUUCAUGUUCAGUUCAACCAGUUGCUCCUUUUUCAUCUACCAAGACUGACUGACUGAUUCAGGUUGAACUUCGCUAACUGAGGAAGGGUCCAUAUUGUUGGCAGCCACUGAAAAAUACUUCCUUAGCACUCCUGUUAUUGCACAGUCCCUUUAUUGUACAUUCAGCUUAGACCUGAUGGAACCAAUGAAACUCGUUGGUACUUAGUCCAUCACAUUUAAUAUCUUGUCAAUAAAUGGACAGUUUCUUUGUAA